GAGCCACCACAACACCUCUUCCCACAAACCCAAUACAAUGUCCGGCGAAUUCCACCCCUCAACCGGCAUCCUGCCACCAAAGGUCCAGCCCAAGUAUCAGACUUACAAGAGUCCUUACGGUCCGAAAUACACGGUGCAAAACAAUCUUCGCGGAUGGACCUUCAAGAGUGCUAGCAGACUGGGAAUGACACUCGCCGGCUUCGGCGGCGUCGCAGGCUUCUUCGCGGUCUACUUCUUCUCCGACGUCCCGCGCGUACGGAAGGAUAUCUGGCAGAAGAUCCCGAUCAUUGGGCAGUAUUAUGUGAAGGAGGUUCCGGCUAGUGAUAAUCCCUUCUAAACGGUGAACAACCGAUCGAGUCCAGGGUAGUAGAGGUGGAGGUUUGGGGGGAAGAGCGAGCAUGGCAGACACCACAUUGUACAAAAGACUGCGAGAAAUAGACCGUUGUUGAUUUCGAACCUGGAACUUUUGCAAACCAAGUUCAUGAUGAUGUUCUGGAUAUAUAUGGCGCGGAUCCUGGCGUCGAGUGGGAGAGUGAGGCGACAGUUCCACCUCGAAACCAUUGCAGGAAUUGAGUAGCAAGCGUGGAGGGUCACAGCACGGC